CUGUUUCUAAUGCCGGAAGGGCGGCUGCUCUAGAAUUACUGCGCAGGCGCCAAGGGCGUAGUGCCAACGGAAGCUGUUCGACGCGGGCCGGAAGGGCGAGGAAAAGGGGCUGUGUGUGAGAGAUGGAACCGGAGCUGUUGAGUCCCCUCGCUGAGCGCUCAGGCUUCAGAAUCUUUCCAUGGAAUUCCCUGCACGGAAGGCAGCAGUGACGGCCCAUCUGAUGGCCUCCGAGGUCAGAAUGCAGCCGUGGAAGCAAAGAGACCCUCGCCAAGAGGUGGUUCGGUUUGCAGUGUUUUGCAGAGCUUUUGCUCUUCUCCUCCAGGCCCUUUUCAACCUCCUGAUCCCUGAUCACGCCGCCGAUGCCUUCUCACCGCCCCGCUUGUCUGAGUCUGGGUUUUGCGACUGGCUCUUUGAACAGCUUCUGGGAGGUCUGUCACGGUGGGACGCGGAGCACUUCCUGUUUAUUGCUGAGCAUGGCUACGUCUAUGAGCACAACUGUGCCUUCUUCCCUUUGUUUCCCUACAGCUUGCGAGUGGCAGCGGAAAUGGCACUGUGGCCCUUCCGUGGCUUCUUAUCUCUCCGGAGCCGCCUGCUCCUUUCUGCAGCUCUGCUCAAUGCUCUCUUCUCUGUCUGGGCAUCUUGGAUUCUGUACGAGCUCAGCUGUGUGGUCCUGCAGUGCCGCUGGAGGGGGUUUCUGUCAGCCAUCCUCUUCUGCCUCACCCCUGCAAAUGUCUUUAUGGCGGCUGCUUAUUCAGAAAGCAUGUUUGCCCUCCUAGUGUUUAGCGCCAUGUGGCGUUUAGAGAAGGGGCAACAAUGGACCAGCAGCCUUCUCUUUUUGCUAGCCGCCAGCGUGCGUUCCAAUGGGCUGAUCAACGCUGGGUUCCUCCUCUAUUCCCAGACAAAACACUUUGCUUUCCAACUCCAGGCAGGGGUAGGAACUGGAGUAAAGCCACUGCAAAUCUUUGGUCGGUUCCUAAAAUUGGCAGUUUCACUGGUGGUGUUGUCUGCCUCUGUUUUUCUGCCAUUUGCUUUGUUUCAGUUCUAUGCAUACCUUCGGUUCUGCAACCCCAACUUUAGCCCUGAGUAUGCCGUGCCAGGGCCACUGUUGCAGCUGGCUGUAGAUAAGGAGUAUCGUGUAGCAGCUUCAAAUGAUGGGGAGCCACCAUGGUGUGCUUGGAAUUUGCCUAUACUCUACACCUACAUUCAAGACGCUUACUGGAAUGUUGGGUUCCUCAGGUACUUUGAGCCCAAACAGAUCCCUAACUUCUUACUAGCUGCACCCACUAUUGUACUGGGCUCUUGGGCAACCUGGUGGUACAUCACUGCAAACCCCUGGCACUGCCUAACACUUGGCCUGCUGAGAAGAAAGACUGAAGGAAUGAAGGGAGAAGACAGGGACAAGCCAGCCACUGGUUUUUACUCUCCUGGUGUAUUUGUGUACAUGGUCCAUGCAGCAGUUUUGUUGGUGUUUGGUACCUUCUGCAUGCAUGUACAGGUCCUUACCAGAUUUUUGGGCUCCUCCUCUCCAGUGCUUUAUUGGUUCUCUGCUCAACUGCUUUAUGACCAUGAGCCUUUGCUGCAGAACGGAGGCCUAUCUUCACAGCAUGAAACACCCCACUCUGAAAAGCCAUCACUGGGCAACUCUCUCCCUAGCUGGAACAGAAAUGAAAACCCUGUGCUGGCCUUUCUGAGCAACUGGAAGCAGACUGCUCUUCUCACCAAGUGCAUUCUGGGAUAUGUGCUUUCCUACUGGCUCCUGGGGCUGCUCCUUCACUGUAACUUCUUUCCCUGGACGUAAACAUGUAAAACCUACACAGAUAAACUGGUUGGCUAGAGUGUAAAUCUGGCGUCUUUCACCUUGGCAGCAUUCAUGUCUUCUGUGAAGCUGUUUAACAUCUAUUCUAUAGGAAACUGCUAGGAGAGAUUUGGAGCUCAAGUGUCACCAAUAUGCUGUUGACAAGAAAAUGUGCUGAUAUCUCUUCCUUUUUCCAUCCAAACCAGAGAGGUGAAGUGCCUGUAGUUGGCAAUAGAUAAGUAGGACCUGCAACAAAAUGUUGCAGUGUAGACUGUUCCUGUUUAGGGUUCCAGUCACCCAUGCCCCUUUCCAUGUUACUCGAUUCCUCUUUCUCCCUGGUUUUGUUCCCCCCCAGACACUCAGCAUUGAGCAUAUUCAGUGCUGGUUUUUGUCGUUGUCAUCUCCCACCCCACCCUUUGGUGUUCUUUUUAAAAACUUCUGCAUGCCUUAGGGUUCCCCCAAGCGUGCCGAUACCUCCUUCUUGUGCAUGGAUGUUGCUAUUUUGGCUACGUAAGGGAUAGCACUUGAAGAAUGCAUUUGCUGUUAGUAUAUAGGAUGGGGGCAAACAACCUGAAGCUUAAUCCAGUCCAGUUAGAGGCACUCCUGGUUAGCAGAGCUCCUACUCUGGGAAUAAGAAUUCAGUUUGUCUUGGAUACAGUGCCACUCCCCUUAAAAACAUGGGUUCACAGCUUGGGGAUUCUCUUAGAUCUGGCUUCACCUUGGGUGUCCAGGUAAUGGCAGGGGCUAGGAGAGAUUAGGCUGGUGUGCUGGCUGUGGUUCGUAGAGAGGACAAAAGUGCUCACAGUAAUGCAUGCCUUAAGUUGCAUCAAGACUGGAUUACUGCAGUAUGCACUACAGUGUCCACAAACUUCAGCCAGUCCAUUACACAACAGCUAAAAGCCAGUUACUGAGACCACAUAGGUCCCCUAUUGCAAGAGUUUCCUCUGGCUUCUGGUCUGUUUCUGGGCCCAGUUCAAAGUACUGCUCAUUUCUUUUACAAGCCCUAAACAGCUUAAGGCCACGGUUCCCAAAGGACCGUCUUCUGUUAUAUAAACCCACUACGCAUUAAGAUCUACUGGAGAAGGUCUUUGCAUCCUUCCAAUGCCUCAGGUGUGUUUGGUGGGAUGCAGAAGAGAGCCAUGCCUAGACAUGUUGAAGAUGGUCUGGCUCACCUUCCCUAGUUUUUUACCUUUUAUAUUUCAGCAAGGAGUUGGCCUGCUAAGCUUGUGAUUGCUUUAUUGACUAUGUGGGGAAUGAGAUUAAUAAAUGUUACCUUUAUCUGCUGUC